AUGGCGAAUGCCCAGCGUUUUGUCCCAGUUGGGGCCAGUACUGUGGUGCAAGAUGCCGACAUGCGGGCUAGGUGGUCAAGUGCCAACUUUCCGAGAGGAAAAGAAACUACAGGGUCAUUUCCGAUAUACUCCGUGGUUACAACCCCACUGUACCAAGUACCAACUGCUAUGAGCUAG